CCCGGAUGGGUUCAAACGUGCACACACACGAGUAUGACAAACGACCUAUUGAAGUGGUUUCAGACCGCGGUGCUGCGGUUGCCACGACAACCAAUGCUCUUUAGCUUUGCAUCGGGCCAUGUGACAGCGACUUUGACGUCAGCCGGAGGCAGGGCAUGUGGCUGGAGAGUCUACGGAGCCAAAGCCUUGUGUGAGAAUCUCUGGCGGAUGCUGCUGGGCUUAUCUCGCUCGCUCUCUUGCUGCUGCCGCCGCCUUCCUUGGGCUGCCAGAGCAUGGAGUAUUAAAGAACUGCAUUUCUGCGCUGCGAGGUAAAGACUCUUCAGAAAAUCUGGUAAGAUCCUGACACCAAAAUGGGGAAACAGAACAGCAAGUUACGCCCCGAAGUCAUGCAAGAUUUGCUAGAAAGCACAGACUUUACAGAACACGAAAUCCAAGAAUGGUACAAAGGCUUUCUGAGAGACUGUCCAAGUGGACAUUUGUCCAUGGAGGAGUUUAAGAAAAUCUAUGGGAAUUUUUUUCCUUACGGGGACGCUUCUAAAUUUGCUGAACAUGUGUUCCGCACAUUUGACGCUAAUGGCGAUGGAACAAUAGACUUCAGAGAAUUUAUCAUAGCCUUGAGUGUGACGUCCCGAGGGAAACUGGAGCAAAAGCUGAAGUGGGCUUUCAGCAUGUAUGACCUGGAUGGAAAUGGAUACAUCAGCAAGGCAGAGAUGUUGGAAAUAGUCCAGGCAAUCUACAAGAUGGUUUCUUCAGUUAUGAAGAUGCCAGAAGACGAAUCAACACCCGAGAAAAGAACAGAGAAAAUAUUUCGCCAGAUGGACACCAACCGGGAUGGAAAACUUUCUCUGGAAGAAUUUAUUCGAGGAGCCAAGAGUGAUCCAUCUAUCGUCCGUCUCCUUCAGUGUGACCCCAGCAGCGCUGGGCAAUUUUAAAACAGUUGCUUGGA